AUGACCAAUCCAACCCUUAAUUUCAUUACUUUCAAUCAAGACCACAGCUGUCUUGCUGUUGGAACCUCCAAAGGCUUUCGCAUAUAUCACACAGAUCCCUUCUCUCGAAUCUUUAGCAGCGACGAUGGCAAUAUUGCGAUCAUUGAGAUGUUAUUCUCAACCUCCCUUGUCGCUCUGAUUCUCUCCCCUCGCCAUCUAAUCAUUCAAAACACCAAGAGGGCGUCUGUCAUCUGCGAAUUAACCUUUCCUUCGGCGGUAUUAGCUGUGCGAUUAAACCGAAAGCGUCUGGCCGUUGUGCUCGAGGAAGAAAUAUACCUCUACGAUAUUAGUAAUAUGAGCCUUCUACACACAAUCGCGACCUCGCCAAAUCCUUCUGCCAUAUGCGCCCUGUCGCCCUCCUCCGAAAACUGCUUUAUCGCCUAUCCGCUGCCAAAACCUCGAGAAGACCCCGAUAUUCGUCGACCCGCCCACGCCCCUCCCCAAUCAACCUUCGUUGCGCCUACCUCGGGCGAAGUCUUGGUCUUUGAUACUCUCGAACUGAAGGCUGUCAAUGUCAUCGAGGCGCAUCGAUCCCCACUGUGCUGCAUUUGCCUCAACAAUGAGGGAACCAUGCUAGCAACAGCGAGUGAGACCGGCACAAUCAUUCGCGUCUUCUCCGUGCCCAAGGGCCAAAAGUUAUAUCAGUUUCGUCGCGGGACUUAUCCUUCAACCAUAUAUAGCAUGUCAUUCAACCUGAGUUCGACGUUAUUGUGUGUCUCGUCAACUUCGGACACAAUUCACAUCUUCCGCCUUGGGGCACCUCCAGGAAAUACCACACCUGCUGGUGCGCCUAUCGAAUCGCCUGCAUCACAAAGGCAAGAUCGAUGGUCUCGAGCAAGGAGCUUUGACGACCCUGAGUCCCCAGGGGCCAGCGCAGCAGACUCUCCGAAGAACGAGUCCGCCGAUCAUGCCGGGGCUGGAAACGGGCCCGGUAAUAGCAACAACGCAGGCCAUACAAGACAGAGUGGUUCAUUUAGUAGUAUGCUUCGUCGGUCCUCUCAAAUCAUGGGCCGGGGAGUGGCUGGGGUUGUGGGCUCAUACCUACCUCAGUCUGUGACAGAAAUGUGGGAGCCUCUGCGAGAUUUUGCUUACAUCAAGAUCCCCAAAUCUGCAAUCCCCUCUGGGGCCUCGAGAACUUUACGGGAUGCUCCAGGUGGCCCCUUGCGCAGUGUUGUGGCCAUGAGCAGUAGCAGUCCACAAGUUAUGGUCGUGACCAGUGAUGGGAGCUUUUAUGUUUACAAUAUUGACAUGGAGCAUGGUGGAGAGGGCUAUCUUGUCAAGCAGUUUUCCGUGCUGGAAGGCGAUGACAAAAGUGAUGCUUCAGGUUAUGGAAGCUAA